AUGAAUGUGUAUGUGAAGAAGAAGCUGUUAGCAAAGAUGGAGAAAGAACUUGCGGCUGCGGCUGCGGCGGGCACUUCAAUCGGGCAACUGCCGAACAACAUCCUGGUCGACAUCCUUUCUCGCCUUCCGAUUAAAUCUGUGAUUCGGUGCAGGUGCGUCUGCAAAUCAUUUCUCUUUGCAAUCUCUCAAGAUCCCGAAUUCCGUCCCUUACAUUUGUCCAGAUCCCCUCCUGAGCUCAUACUAUCCCGCUACACUGAACAACUUUUUCUCGUCGAUGAUUACGACGACAACGAGGAGCCGCGAUAUCACCAGCUCAAUCUCCUCCGCUUCGAAGGAUCUUAUAAUUAUUAUCUCGAGGCCCUCAACUCCACCCGCGGCCUGCUAUGCGUCCACAUACCCUAUUCCUGCAGACCCCUUUGCGUCUUCAAUCCCUUUACUCUCGAAUACACUCUCAUCCCGCCUCCUUUGGAUUUGAUAGGUACAACAACAAAAUAUUUUUUACUGAAUUUCGGAUUCGGCUACAGUCCCAUCACUGAUAAAUACAAGGCGUUAGCGAUCGUACAAUAUAAAAAAACAGAGUAUUGUACUAUCACUACUACUACUACUUUCACUGCCAUUUACACUGUCGGAAGCCCUUCUUCUAGUUCUUGGAGGAGAAUUCAGGAGGAUGCUCCUGACGUGUUUUUCGACAAAUCACCUACGUACCUGAACGGAUCUUUGUAUUGGAUAGUCACAAAGAAAUGUCAUUAUUACAUUCUUUCUUUCGAUUUCGAUAAUGAAAAAUUCGGAGAAAUAGCGAUGCCGCCUCCUUUUGACACGGUGCGAGAGAAAUGGUUUGACCCGCCGGAGGCUAACCUCUCUGUCUUUGAAGGUUUGUUGAGUGUAUGUGUAUUGACUGAUCGCAGAAGAGUUGAUCUUUGGGUGAUGAAGGAUUGUAUGGACGUUAAUAAAUCGUGGUACAAGGAACUUGUUGUGGAAACAGUACCAGACCAUGUCUGGUCUUGGGGUGCAUUUCCUUUGAAAUAUGUGAACAAGGAUAAAGAAGAAGUAUUGUUGGAUUUUAUGGGUGAUGAUACUUUAGUUAAAUACAACCUUAUUGAGAAGAAGAUUGUCAAGUUGAAUUCGCUUCCAUUUUAUAAUGGUACAUUAAAGCCAUUGAUGCACGUUCCCAUCCUGCUACCCCUAAAGGAUCUAAUUAUCGGAGCUGAGGUCCAUCUCAUAACUGAUGCAAGACACCAAUGGAAAGAAUGGAUUGGAAACAGCGUAUCAUCAGAAUUAGAAUCUACUCCUACUUUUGAAAAUGAUUCUGAAUAUGAUUCUGUAUAUUCUUAUUAUUCUGAUUCUGAAUAA